CUGUGGGCAGACAGCAUGGGGGCUGCGUGAGAUUUUACAUCACAGGGGUGUGUGUGAUAGUGUGUUGUAGCGGGCGGGUGGCGUGUGAAAGUGUGUGUUUUGUGCGUCCCAGAGGCCACGCCGUGCCGCUUGUUUCCACUUGUCUCCUUUGUCUUUGGCACGGAUUGUCAAACAUGAACCUGUUCUGCUUUACACUGGAGGGCUCCACAGAGAGCAUGUAUGAACCAGCCUACGGCCAAACGCUCAGGGAAGUCCUACCCAAGUAUCAAUGCAGUCCGGCCCUGCUGAGGCGUACACCGGAGUGGGGUGGCUCAGAUCCAUCCAUCAAUUCUCGUCGAUCUCCAAGUACAACAAGAGUACAACGAAAUAACAGAAGGUCAUGCUUACUCGCAUCAACCUCGGACAAUAAAUCAUUAGAAAACAACACCAAUCGCAAGUGUUGGGUGUCAUCCGCUGACAAAAAGGAUUCAUCUCAUCAAAAUAAAUUCCCCAAAAAAGCGAUGUCUGUAGCUUCCUGUCAGCACAGAUUAUCGAUGAGAGAUGACAAACUAAAGGAGGUGGACCUAGAGAAACAACAGAUAGACCUUGCAGCUCAGGGCAGAGAAACUGCAGCUGACACAGCAGAAUCGAUAAAAACUAGAAGACUAAAGAAGUUACAGAUUCUGGUGCCAGCGAAGAAGGGGCAGGGCCAGAGUGGAGCUAUAAAAGAGAAGAAUGCAUCUGAAAAUUAUGAUCAUUUGGCAGAUGUUUUAAGUACCAACAAUCCAGUGCUGACAUGUAUCGGUUUGGGAAAGAAGAUGGAGAGGUGUCCUUCUAAAACGGACACAGCGCCUCAGCAUCAUCCAGCAAAAAACACCCAUGAAGACUCUGAAGAAGAACCGGUCUGGAAGCCGAGGGUUAUGAAUCCACCAUGGAGUCCAGAAGAGUGUCCACGGCCCUGGACACCGCUCAACCACACCUGCCACCAGCCUCGCCGUGAACUCUGGGACUGCGGCGCCACUUUGUCACUGCCUCGAACCGCAGAAUGGGAUCGCUUUGAGAGUCUGAUUCAAGAACUGGACAGCAAACAGUCCAACUCCCCUCAGAUGAUCCGCUCCAUCACUGAGCUUCACCUCUCACAAAACCCAUUGACCAGAUUUGGGAGAUUUGACGCCUUCAGACAACACUCUCCUCUAAUGAAACCACAGGAUAAUGGAAGUCCUCGGAAACAGGAGGAGAAAAGAGGUGAUUCGACCAUUUCAAGGCUGAAGGAAAAGGAAGCGAAGGCCACGUCGGAGAGUGACAGGAAGCACAUCAAGGCCUCACCUGAAGAGAUGAUGACAGCUAUCACUGUAUGUCACACACCCUGCAAAAUGAAGGAGGCGGGUGGUGGAUUUGCCAAAGGACACAGGCCGUCCAGUAACUCGCUGGAAAGCCUCUACAGCCUCAACAGUGGGCAAAGCUCAUCAAGUGGAGUCACCAGUGGGUCAGACUGCUCCAGUAACAGAGGAAGCCUGAGGCUGGACGACGAUCUAUCGUGUACCAGACAGUUCUGUGGCAGAGCCAGGGUCCACACCAACUUUGUUCCAAGUCCUUAUGACACUGAAUCCCUCAAACUCAAGGUUGGCGAUGUGAUUGACAUUGUUUCCAAACCUCCCAUGGGAAUCUGGACAGGCAUGCUCAACAACAAAAUAGGACGUUUCAAAUUCAUCUACGUAGAUCUGCUCACAGAUGAGGAACCUGAAGAAACAUACGAGAUGAGACAGAAAUCUCCAGUCCACGAAGUGUUAAAGCACCUCAGUCUGGAGGAGUACUCGUUGUCUUUGCGGCUGAGCGGUUACCAAACCGUAGAUGACUUGAUGAAGCUGAGGGAACGCCACCUGAUCGAGCUGAAUGUGACCGAUCCAGAGCACAGGCAUCGUCUUCUCGCCGCCGUCAACUCCCUGCAGCAACUGCACUCUGACAGUCGUCUGGAGAAUGAUGAGACCCUCAGCGACAACCAGGAUCGAGAUCUGAACCCCUAUCCCAGAGACUCGGGCUGCCUCAUGGUGUCUGAAAACCCCGACGGCAGCUCAGAGGACGAUGGACUUCACCUCCAGUCUGAACUGCAUCUGCUCGCUGAUGUCACGGCUUCAUGAAAACAAGACACUCUAAAGGUUGUAGUUCUUGUUUUGCUGUAAUUUAUAUCAGAUGUUUUUUUUUUUAAACAUCCUUAUGUUUUUUAUAAUGCACAGCUU